AUGGUGUCCGCGGACGUGGCCCGGAGCGUCGUCGGCAUCGUCGGCAACGUCAUCUCCUUCGGGCUCUUCCUGUCGCCGGUGCCGACGUUCUGGGGGAUCAUCAAGAAGAAGGACGUGGAGGAGUUCAGCCCGGUGCCGUACCUCGCCACCAUCUUCAACUGCAUGCUCUGGGUCUUCUACGGCCUCCCCUUGGUCCACCCCAACAGCACGCUCGUCAUCACCAUCAACGGCAUCGGCCUCGCCAUCGAGGCCGCCUACCUCGUCACCUUCUUGCUGUACGCGCCAAACAGGAAGCGCCUCUGGGUGCUCGCCGUGCUCGCCGCCGAGGCCGUCCUCAUGGCCGCCCUCGUGACCGGCGUGCUCCUCGGCGCCCACACGCACGACAGGAGAUCCAUGAUCGUCGGAAUCCUCUGCGUCAUCGCCAACACCUGCAUGUACUUAGCCCCGCUCAGCGUCAUGGGCAAAGUUAUCAAAACCAAGAGCGUCGAGUACAUGCCCUUCUACCUCUCCUUCGUCGGAUUGCUCAACGGAGGCUGCUGGACGGCCUACGCCCUCAUCAAGUUCGACCUCUACAUCACCAUCCCCAAUGGCCUCGGUGUGCUCUUCAGCAUCGCCCAGCUCAUCCUAUACGGAUGCUACUACAAGUCCACCCCAAAGAAGGCCAAGAACGUCGAGCUGCCAACCAUCGCCGACAAAACCCUCAGCACCAACGUCUCCAUCACCGUUCAUGAUGAGGAUGAUGAUGAUGAUGCUUAA